AUGGCACAAGCAAUGUUUCAUACAAAAAAUAUGAUUAAUAAACAAUCAAAAACUUUGACUAAUGAACGUCAACGUGCAAUGACAAUAGAUUCAUCAUUAACAACCGAUCAUCUAUUGCCAACACAAUCUAAACAACGAUCAAAUUCAUUUUCGAAUACUUUACAUCAAGUCGUCAAUUUCGUACAUCGAAAAUUAUCACGUACAGAUAUUGAAGAAAAACAACCAUUUAUUGAUUCAUAA